ACAUAUGACAAUAGACCCCUCAGACUUGCUCAAUUAUUGGAACGAAUUCAAAAUAGGAGGUCAAGCUAGCUAUCCAUACGAGUCAAUUCAGCAUCCUUUCAGGGCCGUCUGAUGGUGACACAAUAUUUUACGUGCUGUUAUUUUAUCGACAUCAUGUCCACGAUGACGAGGUGGUUGCAAGGACUAAACGCUCUUCGAAGUAGUCAUCGACUUCCAUUUAGAGCUUGGUCGUCAAUGACAUCGGGAUGUCAUCAUCUUAGUAUAACAAAUACAAGUUCGAGAUCAUUGAGCGCUUCUUUCAUUCGAUCUAAAUACGGGAUUAGCUACGCCCAUGGUCAUGACUACAAUAACACCACAAGCUAUCCAGUCCUACCCAUCACCAUUGGUCAAGCACUGGACAUUGCCACUAAAAAAUCACCUGAUGAUGAAGUCAUCAUCUUUUCUGAACAAGGACAUCGACUGACUUUCCCACAAUUCAGAAAAGAGGUUGAUCGUCUAUCAGCUGGUCUACUCUCUCUUGGUGUCAAUCGAGGUGAUCGUGUUGGUAUCUGGGGACCAAAUACUCUAGAAUGGGUCUUAACCAUGUUUGCUACCAUACGAAUAGGCGCCAUCUUGGUUAACCUCAAUCCUGCUUACCAAGCCAAAGAUAUAGAAUAUGCUCUGAGAAAGGUUGGCGUCAAAGUUCUGGUAGCAGCACGUCCAUUCAAGAUACAGAACUACUAUAACAUAUUAAAUGAGGUAUGUCCUGAACUUGAGACAUCAUCACCGGGUACUCUGAAGAGUAAAAGACUGCCUGAUUUGAAAUCCAUCAUCAUGAUGGGUGAAGAACCUCAUCCGGGUACCUUCUUAUUCGGUGAUGUCAUGGAUAUGGGUGGAAGUGAAGAGCAUGACGUCAUUGAUCGGUGCAGGAAAAUGCUUCAGUUUGAUGACGUAGCCAACAUCCAGUUCACAUCGGGUACAACUGGCAAUCCCAAAGCAACAUGCCUGACCCAUUUCCAUGUUGUCAACAACAUGCAAACUCUUGCCCAGCUUUAUCCAGGGGACACGCGUCAGAGUUUGUGUGUUCCUACUCCAAUGUUCCACGUGUUGGGAAUGUUCAUUGUAGUACUCGGUACAUUGACCACAUCAAAGACUGUGUUUCCUUCACCAGGCUUCGAUGCUCUUGCAUGCUUGAGAGCCAUGCAAGACGAAAGGUGCACAAGAUGGUAUGGGGCUCCAACAAUGAUCAUUGAUAUGUUGCAUCAUCCUGAGUUUUCGACCUUUGACCUCAGUCAUUUGAAAUACAUUUUGACCGGUGGAGGUUACGUGCCUUUGGAAGUGGUUCAGCGGCUUCGUCGUGCUGUUCCUUCUCUAACGGACAUCGUCAUUGCAUACGGAAUGACAGAGAUGGGUGGUGUAAUGUCCUGUAGUCGACCAGAUGAUCCUGAUGAAAUGAGAUACUCGACGAUUGGACGUCCAUUUCCUUGGUGCGAGGUAAAAAUAACGAAUCCAUCAAAUGGGGAGAUAGUUCCUAUUGGAGAGGCGGGAGAGUUAUGCGGUAGAUCACCAAGCAUCAUGACUGAAUACUGGCAGGAUGAGAGGAAGACAAAAGAAACUAUCGAAUCUACAAGAUGGCUUCAUUCUGGUGAUCUUGCUAAAAUGAACGAAGAUGGUUACAUCAGUAUAGUGGGUCGUAUUAAAGAUAUGAUCAGUCGAGGAGGAGAAAACAUCUUUGCUGUUCAUAUUGAAGAUCACCUUCACAAACACCCUAAAGUUGAAGACGUUCAGGUGAUUGGGGUACCAGAUAAGAGAUUAAUGGAAGAGGUAUGCGCAUGCGUCAAACUGAAAGCUGGUGUCACGUGUACUGGAGAAGAGAUAAGAGAUUUCUGCAAAGGACAGCUGGCCCGUUAUGAGGUUCCUCGCUAUGUUGAAUUCGUCUCCAGCUUCCCAUAUACCAUGUCCAACAAAGUUCAGAAAUACAAACUCCGUGAAGAAAUGGCGAAGAGACUCAAGUUAGACAACAUUAAUUCAUCCUAGUCAUGUAGAUGUCU